GAGGAUAAGCGUGCAGCGAUGGAGAGGCAGCUCAUCAGCAUGAAGGUCCAGAACUUGUCGCUGCAGAAGCAGCACGCCUUCAGCAAGCAGCAGCUGCAGCGCAUGAAGGUGCAGAUAGCCACUCUGAUGCAGCUGCAGGGCUCCCGGGCGGACCCCGCUCAGCUGGAGAGGCUGCAGUCCAUGCUGUCUGAGAAGAACGGAGAGAUGCAGAAUCUCAUGAUGAAGCUGCAGAGGCUGGAGAAGGUGGAGAUGUUGCUGAAGUCUCAGCCAGCCAAUCCUGGUCCAGCAGAAGGUGGAGAGGGCCAGGAUGAGACCUACUACACCGACCUGCUGAAGAUGAAGCUCAGCAACACUGUUAAGGAUGCAGAGCGUCUGGGAGACGACCUCUCGCUGCAGAGGAUGAAAUCUCUGUCAGAGAGUCAGAGAGCUUUGGAGCUUGAGAGGAAGCUCUACUCAUCUGAACGGCUGCUCAAACAG